AUGCCAGUACCACUUCACCCAUUCUUCUCUAGCAGUGCUCUCAUUGCAACACUCUACCCGGUUCCGGUGCCCAUCGGGGUUGAAGAAGGCGAAUGCAUCGCUGUAUUCACAAAUUGGAUCUUCCUUGGCCAUGAACCGGACUACAAGGAACUGGCAUUGAAGUGGUACAACGUUCACGGUUGCGAGGAGACCGUCGAACAACUUUUCGGCUGGAUCGGUUUGGGCGCAACAGCUGCAGGCGCCUCAAGCGGACCUAUGGCUUAUGAAUCAUACAUGCUCUUGAUGAGGCUGGCUGUACUCGGAACGGGUUUUCACGUCGAUCGUGUUGCAAUGGCCAGCAAAUCUAUGGACAAAUUGUUCGUCGGCACGAACAACACGUUGGAUGCUUCACGUUCGGAACUCUAUUCCGACCACUUCACGCUUACAAGAAUCCUUGAGCCACUGUGUGAGAAUCGGACAGCCGCGUCCGUGUUGACGGCUCUCAUCAAGGACAAGCAAGACCGUGGAAAUGCGACUCAGGCAACGGAAAGGGGGCUCAAGGGCGCGCAAGAGGUGUUCAUUAAGCCCGAAGUGACAACGGAAGCUCAACAGCGCUCCAAAUAA